AUUAAAACAACAAGACAAGGAAAGGAGGAGGAGCCGUUCCAAAAGCACAUCCUGCCAACUACUACUACUUCCAGUAAUUGAUCAAAUUUCUCGACGUUUUCUGGCGUCGUGAUUCGCCCAGACAGCUUUACGGGACACUUCGACAGAAAUCAAGAGCUAUCAGCACAGCAUUGGAAAAAAACAGCUGCUGUUGCACUGGUACGUAUUUGGUAAUCCUGGAAAGCUGUGCAGAGCCACCAGUGCGAGAUGAAUCGUUCGUUGUUAAUCGGUUGCUCGAGGAUUCUCGGUCUCGGUCACGUUAUGAAAACUACAAGUGCUCCAACAGUUCAAGGACGCUUGCUCCCGCACUGCAGUUUUUACACAAGUACCAAGUUGAGGCAGGAUGCAGAAGAAGCAGAAGAGCCUGCCAAGCAAGAGGUCGACCCCAAAAAAGACAGGAGUCAAAUUAUACCAGUUGAAACGAGCAUCCGGUAUUUACAGAGCAGUGCUUACAAAACUACUUACGGUGACGACCCAGUAUGGAAGAAAUACCGAAGGAAUUUCAAGGGUCAGUUUGCUCCGAAGAAAACGAGAAAAACUUGCAUUCGCAAAAAUCAGAUAUCCACCGGGAGCCCGUGCCCAAUCUGCCGUGACGAGUACCUCGUGGUGCAUUAUCAAAAUGUGGAACUUCUGAAGCAGUUCAUCUCGCCAUACACAGGCGCUAUUCUUCCUGACUCAAAAACCAAUAUCUGCCAGAAAAGACUGAGAGAGCUCAGGGUAGCCGUUGAAAAGGCACGGGAUUUUGGCCUUUUGACAUUCGAUGUGCCAUUCAGAGAAUACGAUUAUUCUGAAUAUUAUGAUUUGCAACAACAGAAGAAACAGUAGAAAAUGUGCUCUUUUUACAGGGGAAGAGAGGCUUUAGUUGAUUUGUAUAUAAUGUUUUUCAUCAUCGACAUUUGUUUGAAUUUAAAUAAAUUGUAUACAACCUA